GUGACUCCGGCAGCUAUGCUCUGGAAGGCGGAUGACACUUGUGGCCCAGCGGUCAUCAAGACCCCCAUGGGAAAACAGCCUGGGGCCACUUUGGAAGACCAUAUGCGGAUGCUGGAGCUGACGGGUACCGCACACGCCUUGGGCAGGCCAGGCACCGCCGACGAGGUUGCCCGUUGCAUCGCAUUCCUGGCCUCGGAUGACGCCUCCUUCGUCACUGGAAUUACAAUGCCCGUCGAUGGUGGCUUGCAGCUGUUCUCGACCCUCAACCGUCGCAAUCUCUGAAGGGAUACCUAAAGGGCAACGUGAUAGCAAGUCAUGACACAUAAGCGGCGUUGGACAGUGAUGCACAAGGGAAGAAAAAAAGGAUUGGGAUUGCACUGGCGCCUGAUAUGAACACAUAUUCAUCAAGAAUCAUUAAGGACCAUAUGCAUAUAUGCUUAUACACUAAUAAAUAUGUUUUGGCUGCACACAA